CGUUGGCUGUUUGCGGAAAACGGAUGUUGCGCUGCUUACCAGUGAAAGAAGUAGAAGACGAAAUGUAAAUUGUCUUGUUUGUAGGUCUACACUUGCUGAUUGCCAUUCACUGUAAGGAUAUCAUGAGCAAACACGAGGAUGCUUGGGAUAAACUGGACACUGAGUUUGACCACUACUUAGUGGACAUGAAACCAUACGUUCUAAAGCUCCCUCACAAAUCAGAGCGCCAGCGAUGUGCCCUGUGGAUAAAAAAGCUUUGUGAACCAACGGCGUCAAGUUCUGGCCUCAUGGGACUCAAGAACCGCAACAUGUAUGCCCGCCUGCUCCUGCACAUGCUCAGACGAGACGUCCUGGAGGGCCCUUUCACGCAGAAACCUGAGUCAGGCACACUCAAGACGCUUCCAACCUAUAUGUCCAUCUACUUUGAUGAGCCACUGUGUGGUAAAGCAGCUGAGCAGAGCAGUGCCGGCGUGCCUGACUGGGUGACUGGAGAGCUGGACCAGAGGGACGAAAUUUGGGAAAGCCUGCUGAAAGAGAGGGCAAGCUCCUCACCCAUGGCUUACCAAAACACACACAGAAGGGGGCUCCAGUAUGAGGAGAAGUCUUCAUCGUGGGUGCUGCAGUCCAGUCCAGUCAAGCGUUCCUCUAGGGCGGACCUCAACAUGAUUGAGAACCCAAGGUACCUGAAAGAGGACCCCAUCCCCUUGUCUCCAAUUUUCAAGUUGACCCUGAGCCAGAGUGGCACCCUGGCUGAGGAGAAGGGCUCCCUGCUGAUACAGGAGAAGGAGAUGGAGAUGAAGACCAAGGUGCUGUGUGCCAAGCACCAGGAGGACAAACUGAAGCUGCAGCAGAGGCAUGAUGCAGAUGUUCAGAAAAUCCUUGACCGAAAGAAUUGGGAGAUUGAGGAGCUGAAAACUAUGCACCGAGUCAAGCAGAAGGAAUCGGAGGACAACAUUCGUAAGAUGGAGAGAAAAGUUCAAAGCGUGGUGCUCGAGUCCCAGGUAAUCUGCGAGAGCAAAGAGAAGCAGAUUUUCGAGCUGAAGAAAAUGACAGAUCAGAGUGCUGACUCCCUCAAAAACGAGUGGGAGAAGAAGCUGCAUUUGGCGGUGGCGGACAUGGAGCAGGAGAAGUUCGAACUGCAGAAGAAGCACACUGAGAGCAUCCAGGAGCUGGUGGAGGACACCAACCAGAGACUGGCCAAGAUGGAGACAGAGUACAGCGUCCAGACACAGGCCACCGAGCAGAUGCUACGAGAGAUGGAGAGACAGGUGAAGCGUCUAUCUGCUGAGGUGGAGAAUGGGAAUGCCCUGCGACUUAAGGUGACCCAGGAGAAAAACCAGCUGGAGAUCCACAUUGCCACCAUCAGUUCUGAGCUGCAGGAGGCCAACCGCCGGAACGUGUCUCUGCUGAGGGAGAAGGAGAACCAGAGUGAGCUGCAUGAGCAGGAGCUGCAGAAACUACAGUCAAAGCACGAGGCAGACAUGACACAUUACCAGCAUGAACAUGCACUCUCCGCGGCCAAGGCCUCUGAAGUGAUAGAGGACCUUGAACAGAUUGUGGCUCAGCUCAAGCAGCAGCUCCUGGACAGUGAACACUGGAGGCAGAAACAAAUCAGGGACCAAGAUAUCAAGCUGCAGCAGGAGAAAGCAGAACUACUACACGAUACUGAGAAAAAGGUGCGUUCCCUCCACAUGGAGGCAGAGAAGGAGAGAAUGGAAGCCAGGAAAAGGAUAGCGAAACUUGAGGAGUCCCUCAGGGUGAAGGAGGAGCAGCUGGAGAGAGUGAGGGACAGUCAGAGACAGCACGCCCAGCAGGCUGAGAGUGCUCUGGAGCAGUUGAAGAAACAAGUCGAGCUCAGCUCAGAGAAGGCCUACGCAGACAUGAAACUGCAGAUGGAGAAGGUGGAAGAGGACCUGAGUCGCUCCAAAUCUCUAAGGGAAGAGCAAGCCAAGGAGUUCUCCCAUCAACUGGAGGAAAUUAAACAGAGAUGUGAACGUCAGAUGUGCGAGCAGCGCGUGCAGCAGGAGCAGGAUAGGACCCGGCUGCAACAGCAGCACAGCGCUGAGAAGGACAGCCUGGUCCAGGAGUGCCAGCGGGAAGUGGGCAGCCUGGAGAGGCGAGCAAGGGCCACCCUGCUCCAGCACCAGCAGCACACCCAGGAGUGGAGGCAACGCGAUGCCCAGACCAUCUCGGAGCUGGAGGCCCAGGUGUCGGCCCUGCGUGAGGAGCUGCAGCAGGCCAACGCCCAGAGGAAGCAGCAGCUGCUGGAGCUGGGCCUGCUGAGGGAGGACGAGCGCCAACACUCGGCCCAAGACCAGGAGGCCUCGAUGGGCAGGCUGCGGGCAGAGAUGGAGCGCCUCCGCCUGGACCUGGAGAGGAGCCACCAGGCUGAGAGGGAGCUGGCCCAGGAGAAGACCAACAGCAGGUUGAAGCAGAUUGAGGAGGAGUACAGUCAGAAGCUUGCCAAAUCUGCCCAGUGGAUCGCGGAGCUCCAGACGUCGGCGUGUGCUGCCAAGGAGGAGGGUCUGAGACGUCGUCAAGAGCUGGAGAGACAGCUGGAGGAGGCUUUGGCACACUGGGAUCAGGAGAGGAGGACCAUGACCAAACAUGCCAUCUCAAACACCAAGGCUCUGCAGGAGAAGGUGGAGAGUCUGCAGAGACAGCUGCAUGCCUCAGAGAAGAAGCUACUUAACAAAGAACUCGAGAAUCAGGAACAGGUGACUGCAGUGCGUCAGGACUGUGAGUUGAAGAUUAAGGGGUUAAUGCCAGCUGAGCUACGUCAAGAACUGGAAGACACCAUCACCUCUCUCAAGUCUCAGGUAAACUUUCUCCAGAAGAGAGCCUCUGUGCUCCAGGAUGACCUGGAUUCCUGUCGCAGUAGAAGGUAACCAUGGACCCGUCCACUCUCUCCAUCCAAGAACAUGAAGGAUAAGGCAGAUGUGAGCCUCACUGACAUGGUUACCAUGUAUAACACACACGCACCAACGUCUUUCAUGCCAUACAACUACUAAUCAUCUCAGCCAGUUCUGUCUGUUGUGCAUCAUGAUGUUUUACACAUUGUGACACUUUUUUUAAAAAUAAUAUUUGUUCACUGUUGGAUUUUUUUUGUUUCUACAUAACCUGUUGUGGAAUAUUGAAUGCACUGCAUGUUAUUACUGCUCUGUGUGGCAGCUCAACAUCAAAAUCAAGUUUGACAGUAAAUGAUCAUAUCAAAUUGCAUUAUUUUAAUUAAAGUAUUUUUUCAUCAUAAA